GUGCCGUCCCGGGCGCUCCCGGGUUGUACCGGGCCCGUACGGCGCCGUUCGGGGCAUUCCGGGCCGUGCCCGCUGCAUGCCGAGCCCGCGGGCCCUGCUGGGGCUGGGGCUGGGGCUGCUGGUAGCGGCGGCGCGGGCGGGCGGGCGGUGCCGGGACCGGCGCUGGGGCUGGCACCGGGACCAGGAGCUGUGCCGGUGUCUUCCGCGCCGCACCAUGCACGUCCCCGGCCCCACGGGGCUCCGCUUCCUGGGGCAGGAGGAGGCUCAGGCCAUCGACCAGGAGCUCUUCGCUGAGUACAAGUUCAGCGUGGACCAGCUGAUGGAGCUGGCAGGGCUGAGCUGUGCCACUGCCAUUGCCAAGGCCUACCCACCCAGCUCCUUCACCACGAGCCAGCCCGCUGUGCUGGUGGUCUGUGGGCCAGGGAACAACGGCGGCGAUGGGCUGGUCUGCGCCCGGCACCUCAAGAUGUUUGGCUACCAGCCAACUAUCUAUUACCCCAAGCGGCCCAGCAAGCCCCUCUUUGAAGGUUUGACCACCCAGUGCAAGAAGAUGGAUAUUCCCUUCCUCCCCGAGUUCCCAGCUGAGGCUGCGUUCAUCGACGAGCUCUAUGGCCUGGUGGUGGAUGCCAUUUUCGGCUUCAGUUUUAAGGGAGCAGUGCGGGAGCCCUUUGGCAGCAUCCUCAGCACUCUGGAGCGUGUCACGGUGCCCAUUGCCAGCAUCGACAUCCCCUCAGGCUGGGACGUGGAGAAGGGGAAGGCAGAUGGCCUCCAGCCUGACAUGCUCAUCUCCCUCACGGCGCCCAAGAAGGCAGCGAUGCAUUUCACCGGCCGGUACCACUUCCUUGGGGGCAGAUUUGUGCCUCCUGCACUCCAGGAGAAAUACACUCUAAACCUGCCUGCAUAUCCUGGCACAGACUGCGUCCUGCAGCUGACCUAGAGCUGGAGCCAGAGGGGCUGGGGGGCCAAGCUCAGCGUCAGCGCUGCACACCAGCGCUGAAUUCUGCCCAAGCCUCUGCUAGGAGGGUGCUCAGCACCUCACUGGGCUUCAGUGUGAGCCAGCAGGAUCAGAAGGCCCAGGAGGUGGGAGUGGUGAGGGGCUGCAGGAAGAGCUUUGUUUGGGUUUGCUGCCUAAUCCAAGUGCUACAGGUGUAAAGGUGAUCUGGAAUCCAGGGCUCUGCCACUCAUGGCACCACUCACACUUCAGGAUAAUCUGAUUACAAUAAAGAUUUAUUCAUGCUCUUAAAAAAAA